GCAUUUAUACAGCUCUUAGCCAGUAUUCCCGCAUUUGAGCCUCACCACAGCUCAGGAGGUCUGCCUUUUGAAGUAUUUGCUCUUCUACAAGAAAGAAGUAUGGAGGAAAAAGGAAUGGCCCCUAUGAUUCUAACAGCCAUGUGCCGGGAAUCAGUGACAUUCAAAGAUGUGGCUGUGGACUUCACCCAGGAAGAGUGGGGGCAACUGAACCCUGCUCAGAGGGAGUUGUACAGGGAUGUUAUGCUGGAGAACUUCAGGAACCUGGUCUCCUUGGGGCUUCCUGUUUCCAAACCAGAGGUGAUCUCCCAUUUGGAGAGAGGAGUCGUCCCAUGGAGGUUGAAAAGAAAAGUCCCAAGAGACACCUGUCAAGAGUCCAUUAGUUGGGAGAUUGAUUGUGAAACCAUGGAGUCACCUUCAACGCAGAGCAUUUCUGUGGGAGAGCCCUUUGAGGAAGUCCUCAAGAAGGAUGGUUCCUGGAUUUCCAAGCUAGGAGACAUCUGGGAACAUAAUCUCAGAUUAAAUCAACAAAAGUGUUACCAGGAAAGGGAGUCCCAUAAAGUGACAGUGCCCCCCAGAAAAGGUUCUACUAAGAUUAAUGUUGAUGAAUGUAAUACAUUUGAAACAAACUUCAGCCUGGGACCAAUCCUUUUUGUCCAACAAAGAGUUGAUACAGAAGGAAGUCUGCAUAAAUAUGAUAAACCUGUAGAAAACUUUAAACAAUAUUCAGACCAAAUUAAGCAUCAUGGAAUUAUUUUUGAGAAGAUUUGCCAAUACAAUCAGUGUGGGAAGUCAUUCUGUUAUCAUUCAGAUCUUAAUCAAUGUGGAAAAUAUGUUGAGGAAAGAACAUCUAAUGGCAAUAAAUGUCAGAAAGUCUUUAGAAACACCUCUUCCUUUAAAAAUAAUAAGAAAAUUCAUACUGCAGAGAAACCCUUUCCUUGUAGUGAAUGUGGGAAAGCUUUUAGCCAGAGAGGAAACCUCACUGAGCAUAAAAGAACUCACACUGGAGAAAAACCCUUUGAAUGUCAUGAAUGUGGGAAGUCUUUUAGCCGCAGUGCACAUCUUACUGAACAUAAGAGAAUUCAUACAGGAGAGAAACCUUUUGUAUGUAAUGAAUGUGGGAAAUCCUUUAGUCGGAGUGGACACCUCACUGAACAUAAGAGAGUUCACACUGGAGAAAAACCUUUUGAAUGUCAUGAAUGUGGGAAGUCCUUUUGCUGGAGCGGACAGCUUACUGAACAUAAGAGAAUUCAUACUGGAGAAAAACCCUUUGAAUGUAAUGAAUGUGGAAAAUCUCUUAGCAACAACUUUUGCCUUACCCUACACCAGAGAAUUCACACUGGAGAGAAACCGUUUGAAUGUAAUGAAUGUGGGAAAUCAUAUAGCCGCAGUGGACACCUUAUUGAUCAUAAGAGAAUUCAUACAGGAGAGAAACCCUAUGAGUGUAAUGAAUGUGGGAAAUCCUUCAGCCAGAGAGGACACCUUACUAAACAUCAAAGAAUUCAUACUGGAGAGAAACCCUUCAAAUGUAACAAAUGUGGGAAAUCCUUCAGCCAAAGGGGAAAUCUUACUGAACAUGAGAAAAUUCAUGCUACAGUGAAGCCCUUUGAAUGUAAAGAGUGUGGGAAAGUUUUCAGUCGGAAAUCUUACCUUCGCCUACAUCAGAGAAUUCAUCCCUUAGAGAAUACCAUUGACUGUACUUGAUGGGGAAAAAGACUUCCACUGUAGUUACUGCCUUAUUUCAUAUGAUUAAGCGAGUGAAUGAGUGGAAAAGCAUUUAAGCACUUUCUCUGUGUCUAAAGCGCUGUGGUUAUGAAGGAGAAGGAGGUUACAAAUAGAAAAUCAGAACAAUCCUUGCUCUCGAGCUUAUAUUCUAAUAAGGGGAGAUAAACGUCUAGGAAGUUUCAGGUGCAAGUCAGAUGGAAAGCCCCAGUGGUUCUUAGUGUGAAGCAACAAGGCAGAAGGUAAUGCAGUUUCUUUAAUGUUAUUUUCACUGAUAAAACCAUAACUAUUUCUGAUAUUGAACCACUUGAGGUCAUUCAGUGUCUGAGAGUUGAAAAAGAUCUCAGAGGCGACCCAACCUAAUCCGUGCCUUACCAGUAAUUCCUUCUACUUAUUAGUAAUUUUAGUAUGUUGCUAUAUGCUGUUAAUUCAUGUUUUUAUUAAGUAUUUUCCUACUUAGAUACACUGGGAAAAUUACCAUGUACCAGUCCAUUGAAAUAAGUAUUUUAAUUCAAGAGCCUGCAUAAACCAACAAGAAGCAUACAUGAUAAAAGCAGCUACAGGACAAGAAUCCUGAUUCUCAUCACCUUUAUUUGACAUCAUAUUGGAAGUUCUAGCAAGUUGAAUUAGAUAGGUAAAAAAUAAGGGAAUUAAUUUGAAAAUGAAGAGGUCAAAAUAGCAGUCUUUGCAUGGUAGCAUAUGUAAGAAAUCUGGUUAUUUCAACUAAAAGAUCAAUAGAGACAGUAUGUGGAAUCAGCAGGGUUACAGGAUAGCAGAUUAACCCAUAGUAUUCUUAAUUCCUAUUUUCUAGCAGUGGAGAUCAAGAAUGUGUGUGUGGGGAACACACACCAACACACAUCAUUUAUGAUAACAGAAUCAAUUAACUAUUUGGCAGUUAACCUGUCUAGAAAUAUAUAGGACCCAUAUUAGGACAAAUAUAAAACUAUAAUGGCUGAAAUAAAUCAUUGAAGGGAGUAUUACAAUAAGUUCCAGAAAAUUAGUUGGUUGUUGUCCUUCAUUCUCAAAGAGGACCAAAAUGACAUCCAGAAAAUAACAUUACCCAGAAGGAAGAAAAUGAGAUAAGUCUUAGUUGUGGAGAUUGGACAAUAAAACAAAAAAAGACUAGAAAAGUUGACAUCUGAAAUGUACAAGUAGCAAUGGAUAACGGUCAAAGAAUAUGAAGAGGCAUUUUUUGAAAGGGGAGAAGUUAAUCAACAGAAUUCAAAACAUUAUUGGUACUGCCUUACUACUACCAAGUUGGCAAAAAAAAAAAGCAAUGUAAGCAAUGCUGGUGAGGGUUAGGGAGAAACAGGCCUAUUGCUGAAUCUGUUUUUAUGUGGGGCAGUCUACAUGUAGUAAAAGUUAUAAAUAUAAUCAUGUCCUUUGACUCAGUAAUUUCAUUAUUUGCAACAUGUCCUGAUAGUGUUGUCAGAAAUUUCAAAAUGUAUCUGUUGGGAAAUUUUCAUUGUAACUGCCCCAUUAUAACUGGAGUAUAAAAUAUUAUACAGUAGGGUAAUGUUUAAAUAAAUUGUUGUUCAGUCA